UGGUGGCUGCCCUGCAGCACCGAUUGAGAUAAGCUACUGAAGGAUGAGGGUGAGCCCGAUCUUCCUCACCGCUGCCUGCACCUCCUGGCUCGGCGUCACCGCGGCCGAUCGGUCUCCCCAGGUCGAACUCUCGACCGAGUUCUUCCUCGUCCCCCAAGUCCCGGACCGCACCGGCGGCGUCAGCGUUGCCAGCGUUGUCAGCGUCCCGGGACCCAACCGGACGAUAUCCAUUUUCAGGGGAGGACAACCGGGCCGGAACGGAGCCGGCGGAUUCGCCCAUCCGACGGCGCAAUCUCUUCUUCGGCAGCAGCCCUGGGCUCUGCCGCUUGCCGCCCUCAGCGCCGCUGCCAUGAUAUUCAUGGCCGGUUUCGAGGUCUUUGUUUUGCUCAAGGCUCGAGCUGCCGUACCUAGCAGAAGACAUUUGUUUCUGGGUCAAGUAUUGCUGUUGGGUUUGUUCCUUCUUGCCGGGCUGUCAGCAGCGCCUUCUUUGGCCCCGAAUCCCAUCUCUUGUGGAGCCCUUCGACUCAUUGGCCUCCCCGCAGCUUUGGUAUUCGCAGCGCUUCUUGUAAAGUGCGUUUUUCUACUCUCGUUGAACAGCGGCGUGUAUCUCCCCGCACCGUAUCAGGCAUUGGUGCUGGUUUUUGCCAUCUUAGUUCAGGUCGCCAUAAUUGGUCAAUGGUUCUAUGGCACUCCACCAAAUUCCAACCCAUUGUCUAGUACCUCGGAACAUACUAGCCAUAGCGUACAUCUCGUACCCUCUUCGAUAGCCUCCCCUUUACCUCCACCACCGUCAUCAUCAGCACCAGCAUUCACGCUGCCUGGGAAUUCCUUGACGCAGCAAUGUUGCUGCAGUACUCCGGUUGGCCACCUCGUCGCCUCUCUGGGUUAUGCGAGUAUGCUUCUGAUCUCUGUUGGUGGUCUAGCGAUCAGGGCUCGAGGGCUUCGAGAUAACAACGGAGAGGCAGCAUUUAUAGGACUGGCAAUAGGAGCUUCGCUUCCAGUAUGGGUCUCUGGUGGUGUUGGGGCUCUUACUGCUCGUGAAGAGGACCGCGAGGCUUGGCUGGCCUAUGCGCUUCUGGCCACUUCCCUACUCGUGUUUCUACUCAUGUUUCUACCCAAGGGACGACAACUCGCUGCCCUUGGAAGAGAAAACGCCACUGUUGUUACUCGUGGCAAUCCACACGAUAGGGAUGAUGGGCUCAGCUCGCUGCCGGCCAGCGGAUACUCACCGUCCUUUUUUCACUUUAAACCGCCAAACGAUACACUGGAGUCUAAAAUGCCUUGUCAUCAGAGCACAGACCGUGUUGCCCUGGUGUCGUCGGGUAUUCCAAACUGUACCGCGUGUAGAUGCAGUGGCAAUCAACUUUAUCCUGAAGAUUUGCGUUCAGCACCUGUUGAAACUUUUGUCCAGCUGCCGCCAGGGAUGUAUUUGAGGCCGGAGGAGGCUGGAAAUUUGUACACAACGAUGUCUGCGAAUCCAAAUGUCUUCUUUCAGAGGGCAGCUCACCCUGGAAUGAUGUAUUGAUAUUGGGAGAGGAAAACUAGUAUCGUUAAUUAAAAUUAAUGUGAGACGUAGUUGGCGUGGCGAAGAAUGAACGUUAUUAGGUAUACGUAAUUAAAUAUAAUUAAUCAUUACUUCAGUGUUUUGAAUAAUGAAUUAAUAUUUAAAGCCUGAUCGCCUGUCUACCGUGUAGGCAAAUAUAAUAACUUAAUUACGUACUAUAUAUAUUAUACUUAAAACAUGUUAGCCAAUAAUUUUAAUCAAUUCAGUUAAGGCAAAUCAGUGAGAAAAAUGUCCUUGUCUUAUUCGCAAGUGACUAUUUAUAAGCAAAAGCUGUUAUACCUUAUAAAGCCUCGGUUUUCUGACAAUGAGGUUGGUAAAAUAGAAAUCGGUGUCUACUAAGUGUGCCGGUAUGUGCAUUUAAAUGUAUGUCAUGAUGAAAGUACACGUAUACUUACAUACAGCUGAUCGUAAUUUCAAUAUAUAAACGAGGCAAUCAAUGAGCCGUUAAUUGAAUAUCAUAAUCCACGCUAUGCAAGCAUAUCAUUUAAAAUAUUUAUAUCGUAUAUACGUA